CCUUUCAGCCUGGGUAUUUUUUUGGUCCAGUAAGCACUCAUUUCCAAAACACCCCUUCUCUCUCUCACCCUCACUCAGCCUCUGCUAGAGCUGUUACCAGCUUUAUUUCUCUGAGCACCACUAUUAUACCUCCUCCUCCUCUUCUUCUUCUUCUUCUUCUUCUUCACUUAGCUUGAGCUUGUUCCAUCUCUUUAUCAUGGCUUGUUUGGUGUUCUUGGUCCUUUUGUUGGCCAUGGCUGGGCAUUCAAAUAUGAGUUCCAUUACUCUCCCUUCCCCUCAACAACAACAACAACAACAACAACAAAAAGAAAAAAGCAAAAAAUGUGCUACAUGGUGUGUUUGCAAGGAAGGAAUGGGUGAUAGUGUGCUACAGAAGUCAUUGGAUUAUGCUUGUGGAGCUGGGGCUGAUUGCAAUCCAAUCCAUUCAGCUGGAUCUUGUUACAACCCCAACACAGUGAGGGCUCAUUGCAACUAUGCUGUUAACAGCUAUUUCCAAAAGAAGGGUCAAGCUCAAGGCUCAUGUGAUUUUUCUGGCACUGCCACUGUAUCUACAUCUGACCCUAGCACUACUGGUUGUGUUUAUCCUACUAGUGCCAGCUCUACAACGCCUACCAGUACUACUCCGGUCACGACAACGCCAACCACGCCUACAACCACGACACCAUCAUCGACGACCACACCCAUAAGCGGCUCUCCUUACGUGACAACACCUUCCACCGGAGUGGUUGGCACCGGUUUAGGCCCGUCCGGAGUUGGCAUCAACACAGAUAUGAGUCAUGGUGGGCUUGCACUUCAGACAACCAGCUUCUUCUCUUUCUGGACAACCACCUCCUUGUUUUCAGUAUUCAUGUUAUUGUGGGGUUGAAGAAGUAGAGUAGUGGUCUGUGGUGGUGGUGGUGGGGUAGGAUGGUCAAUAUCAAUGUUGGAACCUCAGUACAUGAUGUGCAAAGAUGGUGUUGGGUAUGCAUGCGACUCUUUUAAGUAUUAGUUUGUGGGGAAUAUCUAAAAGACAAUCUUCCUUAAAUUUGUUGGUUUCCUCCCACCCUUGCUUGGGAAAGAUGGGCUUUAAUUUUGAUUCCUUUUGGGUGGUGA